AUGUAUAUACACCUCAGGGAUAAGUACUCUGGCAUCAGUAGUGCAAGGGUGAAAGAAACCUUGGACCGCUCAAGGAGGUACCAGCUCCACAAGGCCUCAUUCUGCAACAAGCCUGCACCUAAACCUAUCAUUGCCAAAGCUGUUCAGGAUCGUCACCAGGUGGACCUUGUUGACAUGGGCGAAUGGAGGGUUAAGUGUGCCCUGGAAUCUAAAGUGAUUGAAGAUAUUAAAAAGGCCCUGGAAAAAAAUGACACGGACUCGGCUGCAUUAAUAACCCAAAAAUAUUUAGGAGAUAUAAAUAAUAUUUCACUGAACAUUGCUGUCACAGGAGAAAGUGGAGUUGGAAAGUCCACCUUUGUUAAUGCCUUCAGGGGGAUAGACAACAGAGAUGAGGGAGCGGCCCCUACAGGUGUUGUGGAAACGACCAUGAAGCCUGAGCCUUACCCACAUCCAAGACACCCCAAUGUUACAUUAUGGGAUCUCCCGGGAGUUGGAACCACCAAAUUCCCAGCUGAUCAGUACCUGAAGUACGUUGAGUUUGAAAAGUUUGAUUUUUUCAUCAUCGUAUCAGCUGAUCGCCUCAGUGAGAAUGAUGCCAAGCUGGCUCAGGAGAUCAAGAAAAUUGGCAGGAAGUUCUACUUUGUUCGCUCUAAGAUUGACAACAAUCUAAGUGAUGCAAAAAGGAGCCAGAGGGAGUACGAUGAAGAAAAGACACUUCAGGAAAUCAGGGAAAACUGCAUUCAAGGACUUGAAAAACAGGGUGUUGCGUCUCCUCAGGUCUUCCUGGUGUCUAGUUUUCAUCUCCAUUUGUACGACUUCCCCGCCCUCCAGGACACCAUGGAGAGAGAGCUUCCCUCACACAAGAGAGACUUUCUGAUCUUAGUCCUUCCCAACAUCUGCAAAAGCACAAUUUACAAGAAGAAAGAGGUUUUCCGUUCACGAAUAAAGUACUAUGCUAUUUUGUCUGCAUUUGUAGCAGCUGUACCUAUCCCAGGGCUUUCCAUUGCUGCAGAUUCAAGCAUUGUGGCUAAAGUUCUACAGGACUAUUUGAAUGGGUUGGGUCUAGAUGAAAAAUCGUUGGAGAAAGUUUCCAAUGCUACAAAAAGGUCUUUGUCGGAUGUAAGGGCAGGGAUGAAAUGUCUUUGUUCUGGACAGAAUGUAACUAAGGAGCAUGUUAAUUCAAUGCUUAAGCAUUCUGUAUAUCCCACUGUGUUGGUAGCAGCAGAGGAAGGUUCCAGAAUGUUACCUGUACUGAAAAUCCCGAUAGCGGCUCUGCUUUCUUUCACUUCCAUUUACAGGGUUUUGACUUCUACUCUUGAAAGCCUAUCUGUUGACGCAGAAAAUGUUCUGAUGGAGGCAUUGGACAUUAAGUAAUGUCAGGUAAUGGUCAUGCCUUUAGCGAUCAGGACCAAUGAACAAUUCAGCUGAACAAUGAAGGUUUAAAAUAUGCAAAUGGUGGAAAAAGUUAUUAAAUAAAAGGAUA